GGGCCCACCAACGUGAUAAAAAAGUCAAAAGUUGGUCAAGUAGGAGCCACGAGGGAUGCACAACCAAAUUCCCAACUUGAUGACUCGACCGUCGCCUUCACCGAUAUUUGUAGUUUCUUCCUCCAAAAUUGUUUUCUUCCUAAAUUCUCCCGCAACCGCCCCCUUUUCAGACCAUGUCAUUUUCUUGCUAUCUAAUUAAUUACCCACAAGCAAUAACUUCUCUACCAUUCUAUACUUCAAUCUCUGAUUCCCUCAAACUCAGACCAAAUUAUGGCGACCCUAUAUUUGUUUCGUUUCGAUCUCUCUUCUAUCGGCCGGAGCGACAACCGCGGCUGUUAUCUCCGUCGAUUCAGGGGACAAGGGCAAUUAGAACCCUCGUGGGCCUUACGCCGACGGAAUGUGGUCGCCGUGAAGUCCGUCAAGGCGUUUUACGGUGGCGCGUAUGGAUUGAAUGAUAAUAAGACGGGUUUGAUCUGUACUGCCGACGAGCUUCAUUACGUCUCGGUUCCUAACUCUGAUUGGAAGCUCGCUCUCUGGCGUUACGUCCCUUCUCUUCGGGCGCCAUCAAGGAAUCAUCCGCUUUUGCUGUUAUCAGGGGUUGGGAGCAAUGCUCUUGGAUACGAUCUUUCUCCAGAGUCCUCAUUUGCUCGCUACAUGUCCAACCAAGGAUACGACACAUGGAUUCUUGAACUUCGAGGAUUGGGACUUAGCACAACUGAGCAGAUAGAAUCUGAAACUUUGGAAAAGCAGCCAUUAGUCAAUGGCAGUGUAUAUGAAAAUUCUGUGGGUUCCAGUGUCUCUUUAGGUGAUGGACAGACUUCUAACAUUGCUACUCAACUUAGGCAAUGGAAUAAGAAUCUUAUCAGUAUAAUUGACGGAGCUCAACAAUUGGGUCCAUUCCAGCCUUUUGUACAAGGUGUUACCUCUGCAUUAGAAGAGUUCCAGGAACAACUUGAUGUGUAUGAGAAGUAUGAUUGGGACUUCGACAACUACUUGGAAGAAGAUGUGCCUGCUGCGAUGGAGUACAUAAGGAAUCAAUCCAAACCAAAUGAUGGCAAGUUACUAGCAAUUGGCCACUCGAUGGGGGGUAUCUUGCUAUAUGCUAUGAUCUCUCGCUGUAGCUUUAAGAAAGUUAAUCCGCAGUUAGCAUCAGUUGUUACUUUGGCUUCUUCACUUGACUACAGACCAUCAAAUUCAUCACUCAGACUUCUUUUACCUUUGAAAGAUCCUACACAAAAUUUAAAUGUUCCUGUGUUUCCCAUUGGGCCAUUGCUUGUUAUUGCUCAUCCUCUCGCAUCACGUCCUCCUUAUAUUUUGGCUUGGUUAAAGGACCAAAUAUCCGUGGAAGACAUGUUACAUCCCACCUUGCUUGAGAAGCUUGUGUUGAAUGGCUUUGGAUCUGUGCCUGCAAAGGUUCUCUUGCAGCUAUCUUCCGUGUUUGAAGAGGGGGGUUUACAUGACAGGAACGGUACAUUCCAGUACAAGAAUCAUCUACGCCAAGGCAAUAUUCCAAUCCUUGCUCUUGCUGGAGACCGAGACCUUAUUUGUCCACCUGAAGCUGUAUAUGAAACUGUGAAAGAAAUUCCUAGGCAGUUAGUUUCCUACAAAGUUCUUGGCAAGCCUGGAGGACCUCACUAUGCUCACUAUGAUAUUGUGGGAAGCCGUCUGGCAUCAAGUGAAGUAUAUCCUUUGGUAGCCGAUUUUCUUAACCGCCAUGACAUGGUUUGAUUGUACCGUACCAUUCGGCUCCUCUAGGUAUAUACAUCCCACUAGUUGAAAUAAGGAACAGUAGUGUAUCUUCCAUGAUAAAGUAUACACAGAUUUCUCACUGUAUAUACACAAUUGUAUAGCCAACAUACAACCCUGUGAGGAAUAUAUGAAGCGAAUUAUUGGCUUGGGAAGUUCUAGGUUAUCUAAUUUGGAACGGAAUCGUUUAUACCAACUUCUGGAAAACUUCUCCAGUAAAACUCAAAUCUUGUCUCCCUUUUAGUUUAUUCUUCAGUCUGUGGAAUCAAUCACUGUACAACUACCCAACUCAAUUCAAUAAAACACAAGAGUGUAGUUCAUCGAAAAACCCAAGAGAUUGAAUUAUGAGCUAUAAAAAAAAGGAAGCAAUCAUAAAGAAGUUUUUGCAAAUUAUCAUUUGAUUUCAACCAUCAACUCUAGAGGCAGAGCUGUGCCACAAUGAAAGCAGAUUACAACAUUUUUACAUGCUCAUAAGUUGGAUAAGAGCUCGCUUUUUUUUUUUUUUUUUUUUUUUUUUUUUUUUUUUGAGUACCCCGACGGAAAUUGUUGGGGAACACAAGAAAGACAUUGUACUUUGAGGUCUUAAAGCUAUGCAAUCAAGUCAAUCCAAAAUUACCAUCACAUGAAAUGUUUAGAGAACUGAAGAACAAGAAAAUGGCGCCCAUCAUAUCUAAAUAUGCAGAUAGGGAAGCUUCACACAAAUGAACGAAUGCUUUUGCUCAUGUAAAAAGGCAAUGAAAUCUAUACACCACAUAGGGGAGAAAGCAAGCAGACAGAGUCGAAGAACUGCUAGACGUGAUGGACUAACCGUUCAACCUCGGCCCACUGCUGCUGUCUUACAGACCGGGCACGUAUUCUUCUGUGCAAGCCACUGUUUUAUACACUGUAUAUGGUAGCUGUGCCCACAUUCCAGCUUACCCAUUUCAUCAUCUGCCUCAUAGUCCUCCUGUAUUGUACAAAAUAAUUGAAGAUGUUAACAAUGUGAUUACAUAUACAAAUGCCAAUCAGAGGCAACAAAACUGAACUCUUUCUACUUCA